UCCCAACAAUUCCGUCGUGUUUGAGCAGUACGACUGACUGACUGACUGACUGACUGACAAAAUCGUGCGUAUUCGAGCCUGACCACGUGUGGCCGACCGACUGAUCGUCGAGCAAGUGAGAGAGAACCACGUCCGGGUCCCCAGGUUCCCAGGUUCCCAUCACCCGCAGAAUGACCGACUCCGUGCCCAUGGCGAAGAAAACCACCAAAAGGAAAUUGGCCAAGGCCCAAGGAGAAAAUAUGGAAGUGGACGCCAGUGGAGCCUCGGCGCCGCCCAAGGGCGCCAAGAAAAGCAAGACAGAUGAGGGUGAAAUGCGUAAAAUCUCCGUGCCCGCCCAUCGUUACACGCCCUUGAAAGAGAACUGGCUUAAAAUAUUCACGCCCAUCGUCGAACAUUUGCACCUCCAGGUGCGGUUCAAUCUGAAAUCGCGCAACGUGGAAAUUCGCCUCACCCCCGAAACUCAGGAUGAAGGUCACUUGCAAAAGGCUGCGGAUUUCGUGCGCGCCUUCAUCUACGGCUUUGAAGUGGAAGACGCCCUGGCCUUGCUCCGUCUUGAAGACCUCUUCUUGGACUCGUUCGAAGUCACCGACGUCAAGGAGCUCAAAGGUGAUCAUUUGUCUCGGGCCAUUGGACGCUUGGCCGGUAAAGGUGGACGUACCAAGUACACCAUCGAGAACGUCACCAAGACCCGAAUCGUGUUGGCCGACAGCAAGAUCCAUAUUUUGGGUUCCUUCCAAAACAUCCAGAUUGCCAAACGCGCCUUAUGCAAUCUCAUCUUGGGCAGUCCGCCCUCCAAAGUCUAUGGCACGCUCCGCUCCGUGGCUUCGCGGGCCAGUGAGCGCUUUUGAACCACCCCAUCCAUCAUCCAUCCUUCAAUCCAUAUAUUUCCUGUUCCGUGAUCAUUCUGGGUUUCCAUUAUAUGUUUUCACUUAGUAUAAACGCAAUUUAAACAGAGA